UCUGCAUGAACUCAAAGAAGUUCAUUUGAUGAAAGAAAAGUCAAAAGGGAAUGGAUUUACUAAUGCAGCAGAAUCCUUGAUAAACCAAAUUAACAAGAGAUACAAACCAUUGGAUGAUAGAUCCAAGUCUGCAAGAAAAUUAAAGAAGUCUUUGAUUGACAGGUACAGUGGUUUUUCAAACAAAUCUGAUCUACAGCUCAGUAAGGAAAAGGCUCGGAAAAAAAGUUAUAGACAACUGAAGACUACUUUUGUUAAUGUAACUUCUCAAUUCCAAUUGGAUGAUGUCUACAAUUUUAAUUUGAAUGGUGCUGAUGAACCUAUUAUAAAGCUUGGAACCCAGGACUUUGAAGCAACAGCUAGAGAAGCCUGCAUGGAUAAUUCAAAAUCGGUAGGUUUAAGGAGUCAUAAUGAACUUGAACCUUCACGCAAAACAGAAGAUAAAAAAAUCCUAACAGAUCAUAAAAAGAAAAAACCUCUUAGUGAUACUGACAUAGAAUACAGUUAUGACGACAGCAAGACUGAUGUUAGCUGGCUAAGAGAACCAAAAUCAAAACCACCGCUAGUAGACUAUAGCAGAAAUAAAACUGUGAAGAAACAGAAGCGUGGGAAAUCAAGACCAUCUUUGGAAAGGGGACAACCAACAUCUAAAAUGACACCCAGUAAAAACAUCACCAAAAAGGUAGAUGAGACAGUUCCAGGUGGAAGAACCAGACUUCCACGAAGAGCGGCAGACACCAAAAAAAAUUAUAAAGAUCUUUCAAAUUCAGAAUCAGAAAGUGAAAAAGAUGCUUCACAUUCAUUGGAAGAGAGAUUGCUAGUAAAGGAGGAGAAUAUCUGUUCCAGAAGCAAAACCACAAAGCUGUCAAAGAAAGAGCAGGAUGCUGUCUCCACCGAGACACGAAGGGCUGUAUCAGAAGAAUGGAACAACGCAGCUCUAUUGAAAGACACCACAAGAGACAAUAAUCGUGGCUUACCUCCGAUGCCUGUAUCUGGGGGUCCAUCACCUCCGGCGCCUGUAUCUGGGGGUCCAUCACCUCCGGCGCCUGUAUCUGGGGGUCCAUCACCUCCGGCGCCUGUAUCUGGGGGUCCAUCACCUCCGAUGCCUGCAUCUGGGGUUCCAUCACCUCCGACGCCUGUAUCUGGGAGCCCACCAUCUAUGGAAGUGAUGAGAGGCAAUAUAGGCAUGGAGGAAAUGACAGAAAGUGAUAUUACUCAGGAUUAUGAGUGUACAACCAAAUCCACAUCACUGUAUCUACAAACUGCAUCCCCUAAAUCCUUAAACAGCAAAUAUGGAGGUGGAGGUUCAAUAAAGUCACCCAAACAGAGUGAGAAAAAUGUGCUCUGUGCAAGAGAAAGCUGCUCACCAGUUCUACAGUCAUCGUUUUUGGAACGUCAUUCAGCAUCCCCAUUAUCCACGUCUAGUGAAAGAGAAGAGAAAAUGUGGUAUGACGUGCCCCAAGACACUGCUCAUGGAUCAGGCCCUACACCUCAUGUUAGUCGCAAACGAAUGUACAUAGAAGAUAAUGGAAUAAAUUCCUACCAAGUAGGAUUGGAAGAGGAAGAAUUAAGAGCAAACUUGCUUGCCAAUAAACUAUCUAAAAUGGAAGCUGCAGCUCAUCCCACUGACAAAGGAUCUGAAAGUAUAUCUUCACUAUCAACAAGUGCUUUUUCUAUUUCUGGGGAGAACUGGAAAUCUGAGAUUUCAGGCGUACACCUGUGUGAACAAUCCAGUACAGAAUUGGGAAGGAAAUCAGAUGUCCGCCAAAAAUUGUUGGAUUAUUUUACAAAGCAGUCUUGGAAAACAGCUCAAUACCAUCUGCAAACAAUGAGUCAUAAGAUUCAGGAAUUCAGGAUCAAAAAACAUGAUAAAUUCCAAGUCUGCAUUAUACAGGAGCUGGAGAAUUUUGAAAAAGAUUCACAGUCUUUAAAAGAUUUGGAGAAGGAAUUUGUGGACUUUGGGGAAAAGCUAUUUCAGAAGUUCAGUGCCUAUCAAAAAAGUGAACUGGAGAGACUUCACCUUUUGAAAGCUUCAUUGGAUAAAAACGUCUUCUACAGCCCUGAUCAUGAAGAAACUAUUUAUACAUCUGAGAUGUCUUUCAUGAAAGAAAACAUGAAAAAGCUGCAAGCCAGGCUUCUUAAGGAAAUGCAAGAAGAGGAGCUUCUCAGUGUACGCAAAGGACUGCUGUCAAUCUUCAUGGCUCACGAGCCAUGUUAGUGUGCGAGAGCUCAUUGCUACCAAGUUUUAGCCAGUUGCUCUGUCUAUAACAGAAAAUACUAGAGUAGCCCUACAAAGAGAAAGACACACAUCACCCAGCAAGAAUACCUUGACCUCUGAACUCAAGUGUAUGUCUAUGGAUGAGAAAAAACCAUUGUAACAUGACUCUAAGCCCAAAAAACUUCUCUGCACAAUACCACUCUUUUUUAAGAGAGAGUUUUAGGGAACCAGACAGCAAAAGGAAUUGGCUUAUUCUUGUAGUGAUAUUUGUAGUAGAUAUUACUGAGUUAACUAAACUACUUACAAAACUAGUCUAAUAAACUAAAAUUUGUAUCAAAUGAAUGUAGUUUGGACUAAACUAUAAAGUAUUAUUAGUUCACUAGUUCAGAAUAUCUAUUAGUAAUAAAAAUUUGACCAUGCUUAGAAGAAGUCUGAUUUCAAAUGUUUACCCGAGUAUAAGUCGGUACUUCCAGCACACUGUUGGAGGUAUAUGUAUUCAGCUGUGGCUCCAGUGUAUUAGAAGGCGUGACAUAGCCUGAAAUAGUUACUAUAUUUUAAUUCUAGGUAGAAGUCUUAACCCAUAGCAGGCUGUUAUUAAACUCCUAUUCCUUGUAAUACUAAUUUGGUAGAUUAAUUUAUAAAAAUGAAUACAAAUGUAGUUUGCUUUAAGUGUAUAUUAAAGUUGAAAU